UGUCACUUGUCACUUCUUGUCAGUUUUCGACGGACUCGCGCAAAAUUGGUUGUGCGUUCAAAAUCUAUGCUGAUAAUGAGUUAUGUGGCUUAAAAAAACGUAAAAUAGCUUCACGCAUUCAUGUUUUAAAUGUACUGCUUGCUACUGGUAUCUCUUACCUUUUGAAAUAGGUUUUUAUAUCUGUAUACGCGUUAAUUGAAAUGGUGUUGUUGACGUAUUUCGUAAGCUAGAUUUCAUUUGCGGUGUUAUUUGAGUAUGUGCGGUUAAUACGGAAUUAUCAACUUAAUUCAGAUAUCGUGUGAUAAGUGUUUUUACAAUUAAAAAAGUUGUCAUUAUUGAUACGAGUCCCAAGUGAACAACGUGAAUUUUGUGUGUGAAAUAAUUCGUUCGUGUAUUGUGUUAUUGUGUUUUUUACUCUGUGAGAGCCAUGCUGAUUAUCGGUUUGCACCAUAACACUCAGGUCCACUCGCGCCCGAGAGCGACCGAGGACGGCACCUACGUUUCAUAAUGGAAAGAUGUAGAUUGUGGCAGCUCAGUAUCCGCUGCUCAACAUGUUGCGACCCGAGUCCCCGCUCGCAGACCACCGCAGCCUCUUGCCUCGCAGGCUGCUCCCGGUCAAAGCUCAAAUAGCUCCAACGGACAAAAAGAAAAAUCGUAGAUCUCUGGAACUGAACCCGGCCAGCGAUCACGCACCAUACGACUACCCCAAACUAUUAAUUUCGAAAACGACAGACUCGCUAAACACAGAAUGCCCUCGUAAAGUGAUCAAUAAACAAGACUCGAGCGAUAGCCUUAAACGUGCCCUUUUAUCGAAGGACGAUAAGAAGGCGACAAUCAAAGACGCGGAUAAGAAAGGCCAGUUCACAUCGCAGGACUCCACCGAGAGCUUGAAGAAAACGUUGCUCUGCCGACAAGACUCUAAUGAUAGCACGAAAAAGAAGGAGCCUGAAAAGAAAGUGAAGGAUGAAGUGAAAAGGAUAUGUGAAACAAAACGGGGAAGCGAUAAAAAAAGCUUCCUAGAAACGGAUGCAGACGAGCCUUGUAAACGUAUUUACGAGAGAAGGACGGGAGCAGCAAGACCGACAUUACCUCCAGUGGACGAGAAAGGAGUCGGUACUCCUAACACUCCGAAUGGAAGUCCUAAUACGCCCAGCGUUGCGGCUGUGGCUGAAGGCUUGGCCAGAUGGGGCAGUGGGCUGCUGUCCCCUCGAGACGAACCAAGAUUAAAGGCAGCCAGGAGCUGGUACGGCUAUGGCACCCUGCCAACAGACAACAGCGAGAAGAUGGGAGCAGGCGCGAACGGGCCUGGUGGCCGUCGAGCCCUCGAGCUCAUCCUCAGCGGGGGACUGAAGUCGCUAGGGCGUCCAGCAAAGCCCGUGCGCAGGGCUGCGUCCCGUGACUCCGUUCUGUCACAACCGCAGCCCCUGCUUGAAGGCUUGAGGAAAUGUUCGACAGUCCUCGCACUGACGGACCGGGAGAAGGUUCCCGAACCGAUUAGGGCUCACAACCGACUCCGCGCGCCCUCCGUCUGCUCUCGCUGCUCCUCUCUGCUGUCGCUCGCCGGCGCUGGUGGUUCCAGGUAUUCCCUGGACGGUGCCGGCGGUGGCUUCGUUGCAGCCGCUCCGAUCAACUGCAAGCUGUGCCUUGAAGACGCGACCGCUGACAAAGUCACUAUUAUAGGCGGCUGUGGUUGCACAUUCUGCACUAAGUGUAUGAAAGCAUACGUCGAAUUCGAAGUCUGCAACGGCGCUUAUGAGGUUUCAUGCCCUGACGCGAGGUGCAGGCUGGGCGCCGCCCUCGCCUUAGACGAGAUCUCCGCUCUCGUUGAACCCGCUGUUAUGGAGAAGCAUCUCAAAUUCAGGCUCAAUCAUGAAGUGGCGAUGGACUCCGGUCGAGCGUUCUGUCCCCGCGUCGGAUGCGACACGGUUGUGUCCGUCAGGGCCGCCAGUCCCGCACAUUGUCCGACGUGCCGGCACGAUUUCUGCUCCCAGUGCAACCAGGAGUGGCACGGCGGGAUGACUUGCGAGGCGGCGGCGGCCUCGUCUUCGAUGGGCGGCGCCGGGGCCCCAUUGCUACCGGACUCCGAGCUGAUCAAGCUCUGCCCGAUGUGCAGGGUGCCAAUAGAGAAGGACGAGGGAUGCGCCCAGAUGAUGUGUAAACGAUGCAAGCACGUAUUCUGCUGGUACUGCCUCGCUUCCCUCGAUGACGAUUUCCUUCUACGACACUAUGACAAGGGACCGUGCAAAAACAAACUUGGACACUCGCGAGCUUCUGUACUGUGGCACCGUGCUCAAGUUGUCGGUAUAUUUGCUGGCUUCGGUUUGCUGCUGUUGGUCGCCAGUCCGCUGUUGCUGCUCGCGGCGCCCUGUAUCGUGUGCUGCAAGUGCAGGCUGUGCAAUCCAAGCACGAAGAAUCUUGAAGAGGUAGACGAGGUCGAUAGCAUCAGUCCCGGGAGGGACGACGAUGACGAGAUCACCCACGAGAGGUCCCGGGAUCGAUAUCUGAGCGACUGACACCCACCAAGGUACUAGACGGUGACGCACGCGUAUCAACGUACACCGGUACUGGCCAGCGACUUACUCUGCACAGUUUGUCAGUCAAAUACGAUGUAUCGUGUCAAUCGUCGAAAAACGUUUCUUCGUGUUGGCAACACUGCUAGUUUUUUGUGUUGGCAAGACUCGGGCCUGCUCGUCGUUGAGACGAUUUAUCGUGUAACGUGUUGACCGAAGAACUUGUACGUAAAUGUGAUAAAAAAAUAUUUUGUGGACGAUAUUAUAAAUGUAGAAAUUAAAACAAAUAAAUAUAUAUAUGUGAUGAACGAAAAUGUUAUAACUUAGUAAUUUAGGAUAUGUCAAGUUGAAAUGUUCAAGGAAUGUUACUUGGUUAUACAUUGUGAUUUUCGCUUCCCCUUAAUUAUAGCUUUGUUGGACGGAACUCAACAGGGCUCAGAGCAUUAGAUGAAAUCGAGAUAUAUAUAUAUAUAUAUACAAAAAUAACUAACUCAUACAGUACAAAAUGUGUAGCUUCAAAUGUAUUUAAACAAAGAAAUAUACGGGGCCUAAUGAUCGAUGCUUGUAUGAAAAAAAAAGUCGUAUUCGUAUAUUUGUAAAUGGCAUCGCCUUUUUUAGCUUCUCGACCUAGAACCAAAACUCUGAGAGAAAUAGAGAGAGAGAGGUAAUUGCAUUUAGAGUUGUAAUAUUUAAUGGCGCAAACGAACCAUACGGUUCCAAGACUUCAGAUUGGACUGAUGGACUGAGAUCUGUUCCUAAAGAUGAACAAAAUGUAGUGCUUGUGGUUCCUACCGCGAUGACCUUGAUAAUACUAAAACUUUCGACACAGCACGCAAUGUAACAAAAACAAUCUGCUGAAGCCGGGGUCAACGGACUCUGGCGAUCUUAUAGUAUAACAUUAAGUAUCAAAGUUGAUAGCUAAGCUUUUUAUUUCUAUUGUAUAGAUGGGCGAAUGGAGCUCAUGACCUAUAAUAUAUGUUGUUAAAUGGUUACCGGAGCUCAUAGACAUCAAUCAUGACCUGAACACCACCAGUCUCGAUUGUAUCGUAUGAUGCUCUCGGCCUUCGAACAGGAACACGUGACUGUUCACGGCAGAAAUUAGCUGGACGGUGGUAAUUACGGGCGUGCUAUACCUAUAACCAGCAAAUUUUAGUUAGUAAACCUAUAUCCAUUUUUAUCUAUGUCGAACGGGUAUGAUAAACGAUAAUCGUCUCGGCUACCACAAUGGGCCGCACAUUCCGUACAGAUUUCGUUUUGUAUAGCCAUAUGACGUUGUGUGCGAGAAAAAUAAUUCCACAUGUUGAUUUGACAAUACGUAUAUACAUAGUGCUUGUAAAAAAAA